AUGGUUUUCAGAUCUCCUUUAGAGCUCUAUCCCUCCCAUUUCUUCCUGCCCAACUUCGCUGAUCGGCCCUUGCUCGUGGCGAGCAGCGCGCCCAGCGCCCGGUCUCCCGAAGACUUGUCCAUGUUUCAGCUACCGACCCUCAACUUCUCCGCGGAGCAGGUGGCGAGCGUCUGCGAGACGCUUGAGGAGACCGGCGACAUCGAGCGACUGGGUCGCUUUCUGUGGUCGCUGCCGGUUGCGCCGGGCGCAUGCGAGGCCAUUAACAAACACGAGUCGAUCCUGCGCGCCCGUGCUGUUGUCGCCUUCCACACGGGCAACUUCCGCGACCUCUAUCAUAUCCUGGAAAACCACAAGUUCACCAAGGACUCGCACGGCAAACUGCAGGCCAUGUGGCUCGAGGCUCACUACCAGGAGGCCGAGAAGCUGCGGGGGCGCCCGCUCGGACCCGUCGAUAAGUACAGAGUGCGCAAGAAGUUUCCGCUGCCCAGAACCAUCUGGGACGGCGAGCAGAAGACGCACUGUUUCAAGGAACGGACGCGCAGUCUGUUGCGGGAGUGGUACCUGCAGGACCCGUAUCCCAACCCGAGCAAGAAACGCGAACUGGCGCAGGCCACUGGACUCACUCCUACACAAGUCGGAAACUGGUUUAAAAACCGGAGGCAAAGAGACAGAGCAGCGGCAGCAAAAAACAGGCUCCAGCACCAAGCCAUAGGACAGAACGGCAUGCGCUCUCUAUCUGAAUGCACUCCGCAUAGCUCGGCAGAGUCGCCGUGUACCGCCGCCAGUCCCACCACCAGCGUAUCGAGCGUGACGGAGCGCGCCGACAUGGCCACAUCCAUCCUCUCCGUAACGUCCAGUGACUCAGAAUGCGACGUAUGAUACACAAAUAAAAGAGAGAGAGAAAUAUUUGCAGGGAAUAUGGACCUGAAUAAACAUUAUGAAAUAUCGGGGAAAAAGGACCAUAAUUAUUGAGAGAAAGAGAGAGAAAAAAAGAAAAGAAAAAUAUAAAAGCACGUCUUUUUUUUUUCAAGCGCUUUCAACGGGACCCACGCCUUUCCCCUACCCCCAUCACUUGCAUGUAAUAUCGAUAGCUUUUUUUUAUACGCAGGAAAUAACCUUUCGCUCGAUGUUUUCUGCCAGGAUGACCGAGAGGAGGAAAUUUCCAGAAACCGGUGUUCAUCUUCUUUAUUUUUUUAAAAAAUUUGUUUUUAAUUCGAGUGGUAAUGCACAGCGCAGCCAGGAUGCAAUCCUUCUUCUUUUAGUUUCAUCAGACAAUCAUUUGAGUCGUAAGCACCUUUUUUUUCACUGCUGUCACUGCCUGUGUGGGGUACUGGUCAAAUGUGGAACUGUAUCAGAUUUUUUAUUUUUAUUUCGAGAUUUUAUAUUGAAUUAUGCCUAUAUCCUAAAUAAUGCGAUCAUUCUCCCAGUUUGUAAUAUAUGUGUAGAAAUAUGGCUGUAUAUAAUAUUGCUCUACGUCUCCGUUGUCUUUUCUAUACCUGGUUCCUUUUCUUGAAUUGGUGUUCAUAACUAUUUGUCAGAACGUAAUUAUUAAGCGCUCUAGACGUUUUUGUUUCUCUGUUUUAAUACAUUGAGUACAAUGGUUUCAGUCGAGAUUUAUGCAAAAGAAGAGUAACAACGAAGAUGUGAAAUAUAAUCGACUGUUCAAAGGAAUAUUUCAUGUUUAACCACGAGCGCUUAAUUAUUCAAUGUUACUUUUCUUGCGUGUUUAUGUUAAUGUAUACAUUUCUAAGCUAAAAUACAGUAUUCCAUUUUAUAAUUCUGAAUUAAGUCGAUGAUUUCCUUGCCUGGCAAUAUCAGGCACAGUGAUAGCAUUUACUUUCCAAGUGUCAAAGGCGGUCGUUGUUAUUAACUGAAGAAUUCUUUAUCGGUAUAGCUACCACUAACGUCUACAUUCUGGAUGAAAGAAUUUAUAUGCACGUCUAUGAAAUACUAACCGGGAAGCUUUUAGGAUACGAAAACUCUCUCUCCUUUUGCCCAUAGUCACUAAUGAAUACAAAAAUUAAGUAAACGCACCAUUAAAUGGACUAAUUAUGAAGGACUCCUCCCCUGGCCCAAUCUCCUAUUGUAGCCACAGUGAAAGGGCUUUUCAUCCAAAAGCGAGAAGCAGUACGGAGAGAAAAGCGUUCCCCGGGCCCAAUUCACCCUAUCAGCCCAUUCACACCUCAUAUCAACCACGAAGAAAACUUGCUAUAAAGGUUUUAUUUGGAUAGUGGGAUACAGUUGGCUUACCUUAAAAACAGUUAAAAUAGUAUAGAACCAAACACACACACAACCCAUCACAACAGGAAGCAUGCAUUUGCUUCUACACAUGUCAGCAUAACCUGUCUUCGCUUACGAUGUUCAAGCAAUUACACUAUUCGUACAUUAUUUUUCUUUCGUCCCUAGUGUUUCUUGUCAGUGAAUAGGUUGACGAAAUUUUUAAGACUGCACUGUAAAUGGGAACGGGCAACCAAAUGUCACUUUACUUACUUUCCACCAAACCUUAAAACACCUGACCAUCACUAAAUAUUCUAACUAUUAAGUGACUACUGUCACUUGCGCUUAUUGAAAAAAGACAGAUUUACUGCAGCACGUUAAUUAUUUACAAUAAAACACUCGUGUUAAUCUCCAUUCAGCCUGAGACUGAGUGAAUCAGUGAGUGAGUGAAUCGGUGAGUGAGCGAUUCAUGACCCCACAUUAUUAAAUCAAAUUAAUCUGGCAGUAAUAAUCAUUUUUAUAACAACUAUUUAUCAUUAUUAUUGUUUAUUUAUCAUUAUUAUUAUUAUUAUUAUUAUUAUUAUUAUUAUUAUUAUUAUUAUUAUUAUUAUUAUUUGACAGUUGACUCCACUCGGGCGGUAAUGGUCAUUAGUUGGUGAGCGUGUUUAAACAUUUGCUCAUUCAUUCAUUCAUUCAUUCAUUCAUUCAUUCAUUCAUUCAUUCAUUCAUUCGUUCGUUCAUUCAUUCACUCAUUCAUUCACUUAAUCAACUGACCUGUGGAAUUUUUUUUUUUAUAACAUUAACCGUCCAACAAGCAAACAAAGAUAUAAAGAUAUGGCGCAAAUGAAAAAUUUAGUUGGGUUGUCCCGCAGUGUUGAUGAUAAUUAGUUAAAGCCUGAUAUUUUCUUUACACUGCUUUUUUUUUAUUAUUUUUUUUACGUCACAUAGAUCGGUGAAUUAAUUUGUAUUAUUUGCUGUGAUUUGAAUAUCAGUAUGAGUAAUUAUUUAUUUUAGGGAUUGCCCUGUAGCCAUGCGUAAGGUUCAAGAAGAAGCCUUGUAUUAAAAACUCUUGGCUUAUGUUUGAGUUUGGGAUAACAUUUAACACGAAUAUGAGACAAGUGCAAUAACAAUAGACUACCAUGUUUUCUGUCCAUUCCAAGAGUUGGGUUCGUCUGUAGGCCUAUAGUUAAUAGUUCGUGUGGCAAAAAAGCUUGCAGAAUAGAUUAUUUGUCCUGUUCCCAUACCCUUCCUAGCAAAGAGACAAAUAAGCCCAAUCGGGCUGCAGGCUGCUAUAAGAAAAGAUCGCACUGCCCUGUUUUUUCCCCCUCUAAAUUCGUCGGUUAAGUGAACACAACUUUUCUAUUCGUGUGUAUUCAUGCAGCUCUCAAUGAGCCACAGUUCCCCCUGACCCGGAUUGAACGCGCAGAGAUAAGAUGCAGAACAGUCAGAGCUUUGGCAAGGAGAGAAAAAACACCUCAGUCCACUUUUUCCAGCACAAGCUUUCAGAAGGAAGAUAUUUAUGCACCUAGAGGGGCUGCAUUAGGGCUAUAAAGACGGUGUUUAAUGAAUUGCGCAUGUAACAGGAUCUGUAAAAGAAAAUCUUUUCCAAAAGACAGCA